AUAAGCAGCCAAACUUUAGAAAAAUAUCCAGUGCCACAGCCAAAUACAAGCUUUUCAUAUUUCUUUUGCUUUUUUAUUAUCUUUGGGGUUUGUGUUUUCCUUAUUGGAGAGUCAAGUAUGACCAUUCUCAUUGGGCAGCCUGCUGAUCAUCAGCUUGUGUCACAAGUUGAGGAUCAGAACCUUUCUUCAAAGGCAAUUGAAACCAAUGAAUUGGUUUUGGAUGGUGGAUUUGUUGUGCCUAAAGAUAUUAUAUCAAGCAAUGAGUUUAUUGCCCCUGAAAUCAAUUCAUUUGGCCACACAUUCAGAGAUUACAAUGCAGAAAGCGAAAGGCAAAAAACAGUGGAGGAAUUCUACCGGUUGAACCACAUUAAUCAGACCUACGAUUUUGUAAAGAAAAUGAGGGAGGAGUAUGGAAAGUUGGAUAAAGUGGAGAUGAGUAUAUGGGAAUGCUGCGAGCUACUGAAUGAGGUUGUGGAUGACAGUGAUCCUGAUUUGGAUGAACCCCAAAUCGAGCAUUUGUUGCAAACUGCUGAAGCUAUUAGGAAAGACUAUCCAGAUGAAGAUUGGUUGCACUUGACUGCUCUUAUUCAUGAUCUUGGAAAGGUUCUUCUUCUUCCUAGCUUUGGAGGGCUUCCCCAAUGGGCUGUUGUUGGAGACACUCAUCCUCUAGGGUGUGCUUUUGAUGAAUCCAUUGUCCAUCACAAGUAUUUCAAGGAUAACCCAGAUUUCCAUAAUUCUGACUAUAACACCAAGUAUGGAAUAUACCCAAAAGAAUGUGGACUAGACAAUGUAGUCAUUUCUUGGGGACAUGAUGACUAUAUGUAUUUGGUGGCAAAGGAAAAUGGAACAACUUUGCCUUCGGCUGCGUUGUUCAUUAUCCGAUAUCACUCAUUCUAUCCUUUGCAUAGAUCAGGAGCAUAUACACAUCUUAUGAACAAGGAAGACAGAGAGAAUUUGAAGUGGCUCAAAAUAUUCAACAAAUAUGACCUCUACAGCAAGAGCAAAGUUCGUAUCGAUGUAGAAAAAGUUAAGCCAUAUUAUUUGUCCCUCAUUGAGAAGUAUUUCCCAGCAAAGCUCAGAUGGUGAGAAUUGGAGGGAAGCUUUUUCAAGGCAUAUAGUGGAAUAAAUAAUAGAGAAUGCAAACAGUUUGGGGUUUUUGACAGUCAAUCCCUUCACAUAUUCUUGAGUGAUAUGCAGAAUCGUUCUUAUGGAAGAGGGCAGUCCUCCACUCCUCCUCCAGUUAGUUAUUGAUAAAUAAUUGUAUCUUUAUUAUUUAUUUAUUUUUUUUUUUUUUUUUUUUUUUGGGUAUCAAAUGUUUGUUAUAUUUACCAUAAAGAUGUAAAUCUGCAUCAUUUAUUCCUUUUCAUCAAUUUAAUCCAUUUGGUCCAAAUACUUUUGGCUUCCAAUUAGGAAGUCCUUUAAUAAAUGAUGGGUUGUAACGAAA